AUGUUGUUAACAAAGAUCUUAGUGUCCAUCCAGCUCAUAAACUACCAGAGGGUUUCAACCCAUGCCAUUUCACCCUCACAUACCCUUGCAAAGAGAGCUCUUCUUGAUAAUUUCCAAGAAACUACUCACACAGGAGAAGGAUCAGUGAUUGGUGAAGUAGCUUCUGAACAUGGAAAAGAUGAACAAUUAUGCUCUUCUGCAAACUUUGAAACUGCUCAAGCCAAUGAGUCUGGAUUAGCCAAUGAAUCUGACUUGAAAACCAGCGAUGAGCAUGUAUCCUAUGAAAGUUUGAAAUUAUUUGCAGAAUCACCACAACCAGAAUGGUUCUACAAAAAUAUCUGGAAUUCUUUCACUGAUGCAGAAAAAGAUGCACAUGCACAUGCUCGCUACAAAAGUGCAUUUUUCAUAGCAAUAAAGGAAUUAUCAGCUUUAUCAACUGAAAAAGCUGAAAAAGAAAUAAAUGAAGUGCUUAUGAAAAAAUUAACUGAGCCUGAAAAGAAGAUUUUAUUCAAGUAUCUGAAAAUGUCAAAAGAUGCUAUAUAA